AUGACAAAGGAAGAGCAAAAAAAAGAAUACUAUCAAGCCUUCAAAUUGUUCGAUAAUAAAGGCAAUGAUACUAUUCCACCUGAAGCUUUAGGUGACUUAUUACGUGCUUUAGGACAAAAUCCUUCGCAAGCCGAUGUUGUCGCACUUACUAAGGGAGUUGGAAAUAAUACUGCCACCUAUGAAGAAUUUGUUGAAGGGUUUCAAGUUCUUGACAAAGAUCGAAGCGGAUACAUAUCUGCUGGUGAAUUAAGAUAUGUGUUGACAAGUCUUGGUGAAAAACUUAGCGAAGGAGAAGUUGAUGAAUUAAUGAAAACAGUCGAGGUUGAUAAAAAUGGUAACAUUAAAUAUGAAGAAUUCAUAAAGCAAAUUAUGUCUACUUAA